UUUAGCAGCGAGGCCGAGGCAAGCAGCAGGUACGCCAAGCGUAGCCGCCGUCUUUCGUGUGUGGUGUGUGGCGGAGUACGGGCACACAAUUUUUGUGGCCCCAAAGGAAGCGAGAGACGAGAGGCAGAGAGUAGAAGUAGUUGGGAAGAGUAGUUGGGAGAGGAGAGUUUUUGAGUAGAGAAGAAUAAUUUUUCCAUCCAUUCCGAGCCCCAGUUCGAUCGUUUCGACAAUCUUCGUCGCAACAACCUCUUUUCUGUCUGUGGAAUCCGAAAGAGAAAUCUUAAAAAAUGAGUUCAAGCGCUUGCUACAAGUGUAAUAGGAUGGGCCAUUUCGCCCGCGAGUGCCCCCAGGGUGGCGGUGGUGGUGGCGGCGGCGGCGGUCGCGGUGGACGCGGUGACCGUGGCGACGGCGGUUUCGGCCGCGGCCGCGAGAAGUGCUUCAAAUGCAACCAGUACGGCCACUUCGCUCGCGACUGCAAGGAGGAUCAGGACUUAUGCUACCGAUGCAGUGGUGUCGGCCACAUUGCAAAGGACUGUCAGCAGGGACCCGAGAUGUCAUGCUACAACUGCAAUAAGACCGGCCACAUUGCCCGUAGCUGUCCGGAAAAUAACGACUCCGGACGUUUCUCCAUGCAGAGCUGUUACACUUGUAACAAAACCGGCCACAUUGCGCGCAACUGCCCAGAAGGUGGCGGCAAGACCUGCUACAUCUGCCACAAACCCGGCCACAUCAGCCGAGAGUGCGAUCAAGAUGACAGAAAGUAGAGAGUAUCAUCGUCAGUUCUCUCUCUUAAAUUACUAACCCCUAUCCCUUCUAUAAAAUUAAUUACUAACCCUGAAAAAAAAAAAAUGCAUUCGGGCAUCAUAACGACGAUAAAAGAAAAAUAAAAAAAAAAGAUUAAAUUGAUUUAACUUGUAAUCAUAAUUAGGAAUCAACAGCCAUUAGAUUAUUUAAAUUACCAAAACAAAAACUCAUGUACGUCUGCUAAUCUGACAAGCAAGAAAUCUUUCUCAAUCACGUUGUUGCAGGCAUGCAUGUUUUGCUUUAAUCGGUAAAUAGUUCUCAACUCAUGUUGCGAAUCACUUACCGAUACACUAAUUUUUAUCUUUUGUCACUUCAAUUUUUUGUAUUUGAAAUUAAACGAAUUCAAAAUUCGAAAAACCGACCCAUGCGUGUGAGCAUACUUUUUUUUGCAAACCCAAGUGCAUAAACUUAUUUUUUUCGUUUGCACUUGAUACUUUCAACCCUUGCACCUAUACUUUAGUUUCAAAAUUUCAAAUUGUGUGAGUUCGUAAUGAUAAGAAGUUUGAUACAAGGAGUGACUAAUUCUAACUAAGCGUGAUCACUCUUACGAGUGAUCAUUUUGUGGAAUUGUUUAAGGGCUAUUAUAGUCAUUGGUUCAGACUUAGUCACGUGGACCAGCUUCCUUAGUUCGCUUAAGCAAAUGGUUGGAAAAUGAAUAAUGUAAUGUAAGCAUGUAAAAGCUAAGUGUACAAGCUGUGAAAUUAUUAAGUCACGAUGCUUGUAUGCUAAAACUAUUAAUGAUGUAAUGACGUAAAGUACGACUUGUAGCGCGAAAAAAAUGGAAGAAGUCCAUUUCUCUUAUUGCUCUCCUUUUACACCAGGUUCUGACCUCUUUUAUUUAACGUAUGUUUUUUUAACAAGCUAAUGUGAAUUUUUUUUAAUUUAAAGCGAAGGAAAUAUGUACAUCUUUAUGAGAGUGUUGCAAGAUGUUGUGAAGUAUUGUGCUUAAACUUGCGAUAAUAGUCGCGAUAAUAUAAUAACGAGUAUGAGUUGUAAUGAAAAGCAAAAAUAAUGCGAUGGACGACAGCAGAACAUUGGGCUUCUAAAAGCACGCCACUUACGAAUCUAUGUAUAACUUAGUCGUUUAAGUCGUUUAUCCAUUUAAUGAAUAUGGAUUUCGUUUUAUUUCUUUUUUUGUUGAAAUAUAAAAACACUUUUUUACUACAAAA